GAGACCAAUCAGUCAAACUCAAUGGAUGAGAAACAAUGUGAGAAUCAGGGGGAUGCAUACAUAGGAAAUGGAUCACUCAAUUUUCAUGAAAAACCAACCAUAAAAAGGAGGACUGGUGGAUGGAGAUGUGGUGCUUUGUUAUUAGUGAACCAGGGAUUAGCCAACCUUGCAUUUGCAGGAGUGGAAGUAAAUAUGGUGCUUUUUUCAAAAUCUGUAUUGAAGCAAACUAACGAUGAGGCAGCAAACACAUUCAACAGAUGGAUGGGAACCCUCUAUCUCUCCUCUUUGAUGGGUGCUUUUCUUAGCGAUUCUUAUUUAGGAAGAUACUUAACUUGUGUCACAUUUCAACUUGUCUCAAUUAUAGGAUUGGUAGCACUAUCCUUAUUAACCAAUUCAGUCCUACUCAAGCCUCAUGGCUGUGGCAAAAUUGGUCACCCAUGUGAUCCUCAUUCACCAGCUCAUAUUAUAAUGUUCUACAUAUCUAUUUAUUUAAUCGCAAUAGGAAUUGGAGCCCCUGAACCUGCUCUAGCUGUAUUUGGUGCAGACCAGUUUGAUGAGGAAGAUCCUAAAGAAAAGAAAUCCAAAUCUUCAUUUUACAGUUACUUUUAUGUGGCACUCAACCUUGGAUGCUUAUUUUCCGAGACGGUUCUGGUUUAUUUGGAGACAAUGGGGCAUUGGGCAUUGGGAUUUUGGAUAUGUGCUGGUUGUUGUAUUUUCGGAUUUACUGUGCUGGUUAGUGGGACUUUCAGAUAUAGACACUUCAAGCCUUCUGGGAAUCCCUUCUCUAGGUUCUCUCAGGUCAUAGUAGCUUCCUCGAGGAAAAUGAAUCUUCAAGUACCCUCAAAUGGAGAAGGACUUUAUGAGGUUCAUGAAAAGGAAACUAAAACUAAUGGCCUGAGAGGAAUCCUUCAUACCAAUGACUUCAAGUUUCUUGAUCGAGCUGCUAUUAUCACCCCGACAGACAUUAUCCUGGAAACAACUAAAGUAGGUCAAACACCAAAUCCAUGGUGUCUUUGUAGUGUAACACAAGUUGAAGAAGUGAAAUGCGUGUUGAGGUUAUUACCUAUAUGGUUUUGUACCAUAUUGACUUCCAUGGCAACCAUACAAAUGCUUUCUCUUUUUGUCGAACAAGGAGCUGCCAUGAAAUCAACAAUCUCAAAUUUUCAUAUCCCUCCUGCCAGCUUGACAGCAUUUGACAUUAUAAGUUGCUCGACAUUCAUUCUAUUAUACGACAAAAUCAUCCUUCCUUUAUACGUCCGAGUAACAAAAAGAGAGCCGAUUACUUUAUCUGAGCUGCAAAGAACAGGAAUAGGGAUGAUCAUUGCAGCAUUAGCCAUGAUUAUAGCAGGCAUUGUUGAACAAAAUAGGCUAAAAUAUGCAAGUAUGAAUGAUGAAGAGACAAGCUCUGUGAGUAUUUUCUGGCAGGUUCCACAAUAUGUGUUAUUGGGAGUAGGGGAAGCAUUCAUUGUUGUUGCACAAAUGGAAUUUUUCGGAUCACAGACGCCAGAUGGACUAAAAAGCUUGGGUAUUGCUUUGCCCAUGUCAUCAACAGCAAUUGGUAGUUAUGUUAGUAGCGUGAUUUUGACGGUGGUGAUGGCUAUAACAACUAAGAAUGGAAAGUCAGGUUGGGUUCCUUCCAAUUUGAACGAUGGGCAUUUGGAUAGAUAUUUCUUUCUAUCAGCUAUUUUGACUACCCUGAAUUUAGCUUUUUUUGUUGUGUGCGCAAAGCGCUAUAAGUGCAUAUCGUUGGAAAAAAGAGAUGAGAAAUGUUAAUGAAACAAUAUUCAUGUUUAUGA